AUGAUCCUCCACAAGGCCGACGACGCACUGAUGUGCAAGGCGUUUGCAAUGACAUUGCGAGGAGCAGCUCAGGACUGGUUCCACACCCUGCCAUCUGGGUCGAUCAACAGCUUCAAGGAGCUUGCUUAUGUCUUCACUAAAGAAUAUACUUCUUAUCGGUCAAUCAAUAAGAAUCCUGACCAUCUGUUCAACCUGCACAAGAAGUCCAAUGAAUCCCUGCGAGACUACAUCAAGAGGUUCAAGGCGGAGAGGGCAAACACUAUAGGAUGUGAUGACCAAAUUGUGUUCUCUGCCUUCAAGAGGGGGUUGCCAAUUGAAUGUGAGUUGUAUCGCGAGCUGACCAUCUAUCCUCGCCAAACACUGGUAGAAGUCUUUGCUAUAGCAGAGCGCUACGUAUUAUGGGACGACGACCGGAUCGCCACAAAGAAGGCUGAUCAAGUAGCUGAGCAGGCAAGCCAAGAGAACGGCAAGCGCAGAUCACAACCUUAG